AUCUUUAACAUUUUUCUGGAAAUUAUCAAUGAAGUUUUGUAUAUACCGCUUAAACUGAUAACUCUAAUCACCUAUCGUAUUCUUAGAGUUUGAAGAUAAGAUAUACCGCACGCGCUAAAACUUACCACAAGCAAAAUUUCAUUUACGAAUUUGGCAUUUCGGUUCACAACUUGUUAAGAUUCCAGCUUUUAAUAUGCAGAAACAGCCUUCAAUUCGCUUGUCUAGUGGAUACGAGAUGCCAUUAUUUGGACUGGGAAUGUGGUUGUCGGAUGAUGAAAACUCUGUUGCGGUUGCUUUGGAAACAGCCAUUGAUUUAGGAUAUCGGUUGAUUGAUACGGCUUUUGCAUACAAGAAUGAGCACUUCAUCGGGAAUACCUUGAAAAGAAUUUUUCAGAAAGGCGUAGUAAAAAGAGAAGAUUUAUUCAUAAUCACAAAGCUGCCUCAGAACGGUCUUAGACCAGAAUCCGUUGAGUAUUUCUUUAAAAAAUCCCUAAAAGCACUUCAGUUGGAUUACAUUGACCUUUAUUUGAUCCAUGGACCCAUGGCAUCAAAACGAACGGCAGAUGACUACGAAAUCCUAUUCUUUAAAGAUGGGGCAUUUGAACCAGACACCAGUGUUGAUUUAGUAGAGACUUGGCGAGCCAUGGAAGUUCUGGUUGAUAAAGGUUUGAUUCGAUCUAUUGGACUAUCUAACUUUAACAGUCAACAAAUUCAGCGAAUUUACAAUGCAGCAAAAAUUAAACCAGCAAACCUGCAGGUGGAAUGCCACGCUUAUUUACCGCAAAAUGAGAUUUUCAACUUCUGCAAAAAGUUGAACAUUUCUGUAACUGCUUAUGCUCCAAUUGGAUCCCCAGGUUUCGAUGAAUAUUCGUCGAAAAUAUUUGGAUUUAAAACAGAACGAAAGCGCCUUUUGGAUGAUGAAAGGCUGAAACCCAUAUGCGAUAAACAUCAAAAAUCUCCUGCUCAGGUUUUACUGAAAUUUCUUGUGCAACGCAACAUAUGUGUGAUUCCAAAAAGUUCAAAUCCCAAGAGAAUCAAAGAAAAUAUUCAGAUUUUUGAUUUUACUCUUGACGAUGACGAUAUGAAUAUCUUAAAAUCGAUGGGAAAGAACUUCAGAUAUUUCACAUUCGAUAUCGUAAAAGGAUUAACGGACCAUCCGGAAUACCCUUUCAAAAUUCCUUUUUGAAUUCAACUGGAAGAAUAUGAAAGACUGUUGCAGCAUGUUUGAUUGUUAUUAAAGAAAUGAAUGUUAAUUAAAAAGUGUAACCAUU